UAUAUACACACCUCUAUCGGAUAAAGUCAGCUGAUUCUGGCUGAUCCUCAGAUGCAAGUGGCAGAAAAAAAAAUGGUCAGGGACGAAUAUCCAGUUCCGAAGGAAGAAAAAAAAGAUGAAGACAUGGAGGAAAUAGUACAACCGGAAGAAAAUAAUGCCGAUAACAUCAACGAGGAAAUGGAUGCCGAGGACGAAGAACAUUCCGAUGACAUUAACAGAUGUCUGGAGGAAGAUGUAUAUUCCGAUAUCGGUAUUAAAGCAUUGGAAGAUGAACUGGAUCAUUUGGAAACUGCUCUGGAUCAUUUAGAAAAGAAAAAUGAUGACAUACAUGCAGAAUUGAUUGAACUAUUGCAUUGUAAUCGCGAGGCUAGGAAACAGUUUCAAGAGUCACUGCAAAUUGAGAGUCAACAAUCACAGUGAUAAUUAGUUUAUAUUUAGAAAACCACAUACUUUAUUAUAAUCUAGAAUUAUCACUUUAUUAUGUUACUUAUAAUGUUAUCAAUGAAACAUUUCAUAUAUCUGUAAGAAUUAUGGGAAAUAUGUUAUAAUCUACUCUAAACAAAGACCAUUUAUGUUUAUCAAUAUUUACUUCAAUAGCUUCAAUAUUUUGUGGAAUAUUAGGAAAAAUUAUACAAUUUAUUAUAUAAUUACGUACAUGUAUAUAUUUGAAAAUAUUAAUUAACUUUUAUUUGUUUUACUUAUACAUAUAGUGAUGUUAAAAUAGUAAUUUUUAUUGAAAUAUAUCCUAUAUCUGAGAGAUAUAUUAUUUUAUUUAUUAAACUCUAGUAAAUUUCUGUUUGAAGAAUAUUAUAUAAUACAAUAUUUUUUUAAUGUAAUUUGUAAAGUAUGCAUUGAUAUAGAUCCCAAGUGUAAAACAUGCAAAAUAUAAAAACAUACUUUUAAAAGUAGGAUUCCAUAUAUAUAUAUAUAUAUAUAUAUCUAAAAUAUUUUUAAAAAUAAAAAUGAUAUUACGAGACGUUUCUAGCAAUAAAGAAAUGAUUGAAAAUCUUAUAGCUGUUUUCAUGAAUUUAAGAAUUUUACCGCGAUUGUGUGCAUAUAGUAUGCUAAAUAGGAAAGGAAUAUCCAAACCAGCAAUAAAUACAUAUGAACAGUUAUGUGAGAUUUAUUUACGUGUAAACAGAUUUAACAUAAUUGUCCGUGGUAGUAAAAGUAUUUUUAUUUUGCUAAUUUUUCUAUACACUUAUAUAACUGAUUUAACAGAAUUCUUACUAAUAGAUAUACAAAUCAAAAAACUGAUGAGAGCUUUGUUUUAAAUCUGCAAAAUAAAAUAUCCUGUGUUAUAGCAUUCUUAAUUAGUUAAGUAGUUUGAAUGUAUUCGUCUUGAUAUUCUAUCUAUGUAACUAAACAUAAUAUCUAUUUACAGGCUGAUAAAAGAUAAAAACUAUCAACUUGAUAAGCUAAAUUAUCUCUCGCUGGCCCCUACUUAUAUCUCUAAACAAAACAAUUGUUCUUUUUAUUAUACAUCAAGUGUAAUCAAACAAUUUAUAUCAUAAAGGGCGACAUUGGAUAAAAUUCAA